UAUAUGUUUAGGGUACCCACACGACCAUAUUUCCAUGUUAAAGGGCAUGUUUACAGAAAACAGACGGAAGACCGUCCGUAAAACACGCGUUGUUACUGAAAAACACUGUCGUCUACGACUGUGAUGAAACGGAUUAAAUCGUUAUUACUGUAUUUGUGAAAUUAUUUUGAUGUGAGUUUUAUGUUUCUAGAAUCGUACGGGCAAUUUGAUUUAUGUUUUAGAUGCAUUAUUUGGCUUCCAGAGCCAAUUCACCUCUAAACAGAACAUGUAAGGUCCUUGAACUAGAAGGAGUGAAGUUAGGCCCCUUUCGUCCAGCAUUGAUAAUAAUAAUGAUACUGAUGAUAAUGAUGAUAAUAAUAAUGAUGAUAAUGAUAAUAAUAAUAAUGAUGAUAAUAAUGAUGAUGAUCAUAUUAUUGAUGAUGAUAAUAGUGAUGAUAAUAAUACAAUGUUUUGUUGCUAAAAGAUGUAGCUGUUUUAUCAAGCCUAUAGGCUUUGUUCCACUCAUCACUGCAACAUUGUAGAAUCAUGUAUUUACGUAGUAUUGUAGAAUCAUGUAUUAACGUAGUAUUGUAGAAUCAUGUAUUAACGUAGUAUUGUAGAAUCAUGUAUUUACGUAGUAUUGUAGAAUCAUGUAUUAACGUAGUAUUGUAGAAUCAUGUAUUAACGUAGUAUUGUAGAAUCAUGUAUUAACGUAGUAUUGUAGAAUCAUGUAUUAACAUAGUAUUGUGUCACUGCCAAAAUGUAUUUAUAUAGACCUUUUACAUUGCUAUGCCAGUAUUGGACUUGUUUUUGUUUAUUUAAAUGCAGUAGUUUGCGGCCUGCCACUCGGUCAGGUCUAUUAUAUCAUCAAACGAUCUCUCUCUGCGUUUAAAAAAAUAAAUAAUUAUCACGCGAAAAAAAACUCUACAGCCAUCCUAUCAGCAUAUAAUAUCCUGACAUGAAGCUUGAUGAACGUUACAGUUUAUAUGCUGAGCCAACCACAGUAGCUCUCGUACGGUUAUCUCCUUACACCUUCUUGGCUCCUGGCCAGUGGCCACUUUUACACACCGUCUUUCUCUGCAGGUCAUGGGUUCUCUCAAACAGUUUUUUAUUUCAUUAAGCAGGUUAGAAGUUCACCUUUUCAUGUCUCAACGCUUGACUUUAACUACUUAGUUUUUUUGUUGUUGUUGCUGGAAGUAACAUUUUAAGAUGGUAAUCUUGUCCGUGUUGUUUUAGUGUGGUUUCGAGUCAUGGAUUGGUUUAGCGGAAUCCCAAGUGGCUAUACGGCAUUCGGAUAAUUGUCUUGGGGAUGUCCCAUGCUUUGCGUUGCUAUUGGAGCGUUGUGCUGCUCCCCUUUCGAGCCCGCUGAGUCUGAUUGGAGGGCUGGGAGUUGGGAUCCCGCCCCCGCAGCGCCUCUUAUGCCACGCCUCCCUGCUUCUGGCCCAGCUCAAAGCACAGCUCGUCGUCAAUCAGCUCGUUGACGUGGGAAAUAUCGCCAACGCCGUUACCUGCGCCAACCCCCCACUACCCUCGCCUCACCCCCAUCCUCCUCUUGCCCUCUUCCUCAACCUCUUGAAAGCGGCAGCCACCACCAAUAACAUGUACCAUCCCCAAUAUAAUCCGUUAGGGGGUCAGUACUCUUCACAAGCACAGAGAACACCAGCCCAGAUAGGACGGUAUGGAUUCCCACAAGCCCAGUCUGGGAUGGACCCUCUGAUGGCCUCACGCUCAGGUCUGGGCCCUGUCUCUGCCGGUGGUUCCUCUGGUUUUUCCAGCCAGGGGGGCAUGAUGUCCUCGAUGGGGUACAACCUGGGGCAGAGAUCAGCCGGGAUGGCCCCGGAGAUGGAGACCUCUAUUGACCACCACAUCCGCUGGGCCAGAGAGGAUGUGAGGAUGCUCAGCCAGAUGGUACAGCAGAAACAAAACCAGCAGGCCCAAAUGAACGCCAGGAAUCUUCGCCUGAGUCGCGACCCCAGGGACGAGCUUUCGUCUUGCGGAGUUAUGGGUAGCUACAACCCUGGCCGGUCCUGCAGCGACCAGCAGAGCUCCAUGGCCUCCUGGUCUGGCCACCUGACCCAGUCUGCUUCCUCUAAACCCUUCUCCUCCCCACUCCCUCAGUCGUCCCCUUCCCCCUCCCAGAUGUACCAAAGCCAAACCUCUGGGUUUGUGGGUGCGGGAGAGCCGGGACCCACCUCAAUGGGUUCUGAGGCGCUCACGAGUGUCUCCGCCUCGUCUGGCACCAAUCCUCCAGCCCGGUACACGUCAGAGUCCGCCAGCAACAUCCUGGCGAGUUUCGGCUUGUCCAACGAGGACCUGGAGCUCCUGAGCCACUAUCCAGACGAUCAGCUGACCCCAGACAACCUGCCCUUCAUCCUCCGAGACAUCUGCAUCCGUAAGGCCAAUAGAAACAUGGAUGUGGACCAUCGGCCCCGGGCUGGCGACAGACCCAGCCCGGGGUCGGACCACUUAGGUGGAGGACAGAGCAAAGUGAUCGAUUAUGGAAAUAUUGAUGCUACUAAAUACGGCAGUUAUGAUAAUAUUCGAUCCAAUAGUUACGGCGGGCGAGAUCCGCUCCCGAGAGAGUCGCCAAGCGGGCACACUGGGACGCCGUACGGUAGUGUGGGAGGAUCCGUGACCUCGGUCCUUUCCGAGCAGCGUACCCAACAACCGCAGAUUUGCAGCGCUGCCGUCCAGAGUUCUAUCUCUCUCCCCAAGAAUGACACUCGUAUCGGUCUUCCUCCGCCUUCCAGCCUAACCCAAAAGACCCUCAGAACCCACGACGUAUCUAAAGCAGCACCCAAACCUAUGAACAUCCCUGUGCACGGCGGAGACCAAGGACUCGACCGACUCCUCUCAUCUCAGAAUCGAGGCGCCGCUCGAGGCCAAGUUCAGCCUCGGUCCGACCUGGUGGUUCUUAGUGGUGGUGUUGGAGGAGAUUCGGGACUCGGGAUUGGAGGUGUCCCGGUCAGAUUUCCUCCUCCCACGCCACCCCUCAUGUGGCCUCCCUUAUUCCCCAUCAUGAAUCCGUCGGUUCCUCCUCCCGGUCACGUUCCGGUGACUGGUCCGCCUCCCCCGAUGGGUCCACCGCCGUCGGUGUUCCAGCAGAUGAACAUCCCACCCCCAACGUUGAUGAUGCCGACGAGGUUGCCGGCCCCGACCACGAUGAGUGAUUACUCCGCAGCUUCUCCCAGAAUCUUUCCUCAUACCUGUUCUCUCUGUAACGUAGAAUGUGCCCAGUUACAGAACUGGAUAGAGCAUCAAAACACCAGUCUACACAUCGACAACUGCCGGCUGCUCAGGAAAUUGUAUCCUGACUGGAACGGGGAAACUGUGACAAGCCCUGCUCCCAGUAGAAAUAACAACAACCAGUCUUCCUCCAAACGUCGUCAGACGACACACACCACCUCCCGUUCUCCGUCCUGGUCUCGCUCUCCUUCUCCUCGCCUCUCCUCCUACCACACCACUUCCUCCUCCGCUGCUCGCCGACCUCGAUCCAGGGAACGAUCUCGGGAACGUAGACACAGCGCCGCCACACGGCGUUCCCGGUCUCCUGGUUCGCGCCGGGAGCGUGACCCUCCGGCGGCGUCUUCUUCGCACUGGGAUCGGGAACGUCGGCGUUCCCGCUCGCCCCGGACUACUUCUUCAUCCCGGAGGUCGCGUUCUAGGAGUUAUGAGCGGGAGCGCCGGGACACGAGGAAGAACAGCCCUUCAGGAGGAGGAGGAGGGAAGAGCAGACAGCAGAAGUCUAGCAGUGCUGAGAGACUGGCCAAGAAGCUACUGGAGUCAUCUGCUGGCCUCUCCCUGACUAAGAACACCAGUCUAGAAGUUAUGAUGCAGUCCCUGGCCCCUGCUCUCCUGGCAGAGCUCGCCAAAAAGAAAGGCGCCACGUCCGCCAAGGGAGGUGCCGGCAAGAGGGGCCACUCCUCUCGGAAGACUGAAACGGGAACGUCCAAGGGUGGCAAGGCAGUCACAGGAUCUGGGAGGGCAUCAACCAAGAAAUCCUCCUCACCUUCCAAAUCCUCCUUCAAAUCAUCCAGCUCAGCUUCUUCCAAGACUAAGAAGAAGGUAGCACCAGGGACCUCCGCUCUGUUAAGACUGAAGAAUAUCCCCCAAAACACAGCUCAUGAGGAGGUGAUGAAGGCCGUGGAACCCUUCGGAAAGAUCAACAACGUCAUCCAACUCAAGCCCAUACAGCAGGCGUCCGUGUUGUUUGAGAGGGUGGAGGAUGCUAAGAAGCUAGCUAGCUGUAAGAACCUGAUCAUCAAAGGCCAGAGCGUCACCGUACUAACGGAGAAAGAUGCUCUGCUGGAAGACUCAAAGGAACUGAGUCAAACCAACAAGUCUACUGAUGACAAAAAAGCUUCAGCAGCCAAGUCCCACACCAGCACCACCAAGUCAACCGCAACCAAAAUGUCUUCUACAGCCGCAACUAAACCGCAAACUGACGGUCCCAAGACCACACCCAGAGGGACGGGGGCUAAUACCAAGGCUCAGCCAACCACGGCUAAGGGGGCUGCCCCCCUCCUUCCACUGAAAAGUACCCUCAUUCCUAAACGGCCUGGCUGUGGAAAUAAUACGUUUGUGAAGAUCGAAGGUUUACCAGAGACUGGCUAUACAGAGGAAGAUGUUCUGGCUCUGGUGAAGCCUUACGGAUAUAAACCUGGACUCUACAACUGUUUCAUACUGCCUGCACAGAGAUGGGCCAUCAUCCGUAUGGACGGAGGACAGAAGAGCUUUGUUAUGGUGACAAACUACACACAGUCUCCUCCUAAACUACUAGACUGUCCCCUCUCCUUCACGUUGAUCUGCCCUGAUACAGGCCUCGUUCAGGUAACACACACACACACACACACACAUAUAUAUAUAUACACACAUUCUCCUCCUAAACUACUAGACUGUCCCCUCUCCUUCACGUUGAUCUGCCCUGAUACAGGCCUCGUUCAGGAGGAUGUGUACCGAACGCUGAAGGGCCUCACCACUACGGACACGACGUUGAAGGAACGCCUUCUGAUCGUCAGUAACGUCCCCGCGGGGACUACGGCAACCCGAGAGGUUCACGACCUCGUCAAACGCUUCGGAUCCUACCUCGAUUCGCUAUCUCUGAUCGACAGGAUUUAUUUUGAGAUGGAGUCGUCCUCGAUAGCGAUGGCAGUGUGUCUUCAUUUCCAGAAGUUUCCCCGUGUAGUUCAGAACAAGCCUCUGAAGUUCAACAUGCUGGUCAAGGUUAAACACCCGCCUCAGCCGCAGCCCCCAGCCAAGAAGACACCUGUCACCGGCACCAAAGCCAAGAAAAAGGCGGUCCAAGGCAACAAGCCUAAAGGUGCAGCAACACCUGUUAAACCUUUUCCUGCCGCAAUCGCUACCGAUGACACCGCUACUACCGCCACCAGUGCUACGGCCAUCUCUGCCACUCAGCCUGUGGUUACCGAACAACCGGGACAUGACGUAAGCGCCAUCCAGUCCCGUGACGACAUAGCGAUAGACUCCGACGCGACCGCAACGGAACCCGGUCCGGUCGUCACGGAGCCCGAUGACCCGAUGACGACCAACAACGACCAAAGCCGAACCGUUGCUGUCGUGGCUGCAAAACCGGACGGCGAAAAUGGAGAAACCGUAGCAACCGCUACCGUUCACGCUGCUACCGACGACGUUGACGCAAAUUAUGUCAUCAAUCCCGUCGACUGUGACGCCGUUGCUGGUUCUGUACCGGCACGAACACCGGUAACAUCAGCCUCUGUCCCCGUAGCUCUCCCAGUGUCUGUUAAAGUUAAAGACAAACGGUUAGACUUCACUCCGGUGACUCAGGAGAUCCUGAAGGCCCUGGAGGUAGCAGUGCACCAACACCGCAUGGAGAAACUAGCUGAGGAACGAAGACGGGACCAAGGAGAGAAGAGCCAGGACAAGCCUCUAUCCGACAAGAAGAGCUCUGUAGCCGGGGAGAAGAGGGAGACCAAGACCCCGGCUGGAGAACUGAACCAGGCCCCAGCUCAACCAGAGAAGCAAAGUCACAGACUACCUACGAAGUCACAGACCGAUAAAAAGCCUCCAACCACACCAGCGAAGAAGACAACAACGCAGACAGAAGGAGCAAAGAAACCACCUUCAGGCUCUGGACAACCAGAGAAGAACCAGGCGAAGACCCAAGGCUUUGGAGGAAGAGGCCGGCGCAGGCACCAUUCUUCCCCAGAAAAGAUAGACUCUUCCAGGCAUAGAAGCGAGGAGGAGCAGGGUCCUCCGACGUCGAGACACGGCGACUCCUCUAGCUCUUCUUCUGGCUCCUGCAGGAGCAACAGACAGGACGGCAGUCCCGCCAAGAAGAAGGGGAGGAAAGAGGAGGAAGAGAGGAGCAAGAGCCACCGUAGUGGAACCAACCAGUCCUCUAGCAGUGAGUCUAGAGAUACGGAGGCAGCAGAGAGAAAGGGUGUUGGCUACGUGGCGGAUGAGUUCACGUCCGACGCCAACCCAUUCGACCUGGACCAGUUCGACAUGGAUGAGUUCGUCACCGUGGACGAGGUGGAAGGGGAUGAGGCGGACAACACCAACCCACCAGAGCCAUCUUCAUCACCCAAUACCCAAGAUGGCGCCUAUGAAAGGUCAGAACGAUCAUCCAAACGCAAGAGGGGUACCCCUGAUACCCCAAUUUCUACUAUGAAGUCUAGCCAGGAGAAAGAGAGACCCCCGUCCAAAAGCAGUCCCAGCCCAUCCUCUUCUACCUCUGACCCCCCUGGACAGAAGACUCCGCAACAAGCCGCAACAGCCAAAAAAACGCAGCCGGCAAAACCUCCACCACCUGCCACCUCUGGACGGAAGACCAGGUCAUCAGCUGCUGUUGUAGCAACGGAAGGCGCAGAAACCCGAGAAAUUGUCACCUCUGGACGCAAGACCAGGUCAUCAGCUGCUGUUGUAGCAACGGAAGCCGCAGAAACACAAGAAAUUGUCACCUCUGGACGCAAGACCAGGUCAUCAGCUGCAGCUGCUGUUGUAGCAAAGGAAGCCGCAAAAACCCCAGAAACUGUCACUGACGAUGACCCCACAGUCGGGAUGGAGGCGGAGUCUCUUCCCGUGGAGCUUCUGUCUCAGCCAAUGGCUGAGGGUAUGUUACCGUCAUCCGACCACAAGGUGUCAGUGUUGGACACUGCAUUGCCGGCGAACAAGGAAGUAGAAAGUGCUGGGUCAGAGAUUGAUAUGGAGACUACAGCUGAAAAACCUCCAGAGGUAGGCGGGAGCGAGGAGAAGGCCCAGGCUAAAAAAGGGGACUCGAUUCUGGGUAGCAAGGCUCAGAAUGAAGGCUGUCCACUGGAGCCUGGUUUGCCUGAUCCGUCUUCCGCAGCCAAGGAGCAAGACCUUCAUACAACCCUAGAACUACGAGAGUUUGAGACGGUGUCGGGUCACCAAGUGCCCCAAUCACUUGUUGACAAAGUACCCGAAGAAGAUGGAGGUUUACAGAUACUCAACGAAACCGUGGAUGACACAGCCUCUGAAUCUACGGGUUCCCAGGAGCUCCAAACUACUCUAGAGGAACGCCAAGACGAAGAAGAAUCUGCUUUCCACAUCCUGGACUCUGUCGAAGACACUGAAGACCGAAGAGAUUCUCUACCCAGAGAUUUGGAAGGGUUCCAUAUCCUGGACUCUGUCGAUGAUCAGUUGGAUAUGACAGAAGCUCUGGACAACCGUACUACUGAAUCUGAGGGUACCUCAAAACCCCAAAAAGAGGGUUUCAAAAAGGGUAAGGGUAAUAUGACACUUCAAAAGAAGGAGGAUGGUAAGAAGAUACCCCAAACCCUUGAGAAGGUACAGACCCUUACAGUGGAGUCAGAGAAGGGUGAGGGAGGUACCCACAAAAAGACUAACCUUGUCUCUUUGGAUGAGGUGAGUGAGGAAGAAGAGAGUUACCCUGACGACGCUGCCGAAGAGGAAGAGCUGAUGAAGAAACAGGAACUGGCGAAGGAGAAACAGCGAGCGAGGGAAUGGGAGAAGGCGAGAGGGAAGGAGAGGAGGAGUACAGAGCGGGAGAAGAGCAAAGAGGAGGAGCAGGAACGGACGAGGGAGAAGGAGAGGUUCGGUGCGGAUACGGAAUGGUUGGUGACUCUGGAUGAGAUUGGAGGAGAUGGGGAUGAGAGAGAAGAGGAGGGUGCGAGGGAUCAGGAGUGCGGAAUAAAUGAGGCAGACCUUCAAGAAUUGGUCACUCUGGAUGAGAUCGUUGGCGAGGAAGGAGGGGAGGGUCCUAGCCCGGAGCCACACCCAUUCAGCCAGGAGGACGAAUCAAGAGACUCCUUCAACACAGAGACGAUGGUGACCCUGGAUGAGGCUGGAGGUGAUCAUGAGAUGGAGGAAGAGCAGCCCAGGAAGUUUCCAGAACCAGCCCAGACCCGGGACGCUGACGAUACAGGCCAGGAAUUUGUGGUUUCUAAGGCAGGGUUCUUCUGUAAGCUGUGUUCUCUGUUCUAUGGGAGUGAAGACACAACCAAGAAGACCCACUGCAGCAGUCUACAACACUAUCAGAACAUGCAGAAACAUUACCCGAAGCAUCAGAAGCAACAAGCAGGAGAUUCUAGCCAAGGCUCCGCCUCCAAGUGACCCCUGACCUCACCCCUGGUUGUGUCUAAAAUGUGACCACUUCUAUGACUCCAUCUGGUUGAAAGUAGUGCACCAUGUAGGGAAUAGGGUCCCAUUUGGGACACUUUUCAACUAAUAGGUUCUGGUCCAAAGUAGUGCACUAACUACGGCCCAUUGCGUUAGAUAGUGCACUACUAUAUAGGGUAAUAGAGUGCCGUUUGCUAUUUCAGAGGCAGAGAGCUGGUCUAGGAUCAGAUCCCCCCCCCCCCAUGUCCAUAUUGUCUUAUUCAUUAUGAUUUAAAAGGUCAAACUGAUCCUAGAUCUCUGAGAUGCUUUGUGAAUAUAUUGGGUCCAAAUAUGACAAGAGAUUUUAGAUUCAUUUGAUUUGGUUGAUUUUUUGGGGUGGGUAUUUGAAUCUCAUUAAACUGUUUUAAUUUAUCCAGAGAAACUCAGUCAGUAGAGACCUAUGUAUACGGAGAUAGUAACAGAGACCUAUGUAUAAGGAGAUCGUAACAGAGACCUAUGUAUACGGAGAUAGUAACAGAGACCUAUGUAUACGGAGAUAGUAACAGAGACCUAUGUAUAAGGAGAUCGUAACAGAGACCUAUGUAUAAGGAGAUCGUAACAGAGACCUAUGUAUAAGGAGAUCGUAACAGAGACCUAUGUAUAAGGAGAUCGUAACAGAGACCUAUGUAUACGGAGAUAGUAACAGAGACCUAUGUAUAAGGAGAUAGUAACAGAGACCUAUGUAUAAGGAGAUCGUAACAGAGACCUAUGUAUACGGAGAUCGUAAUAAAUGAGUUUUUAUUACCAA